AUGGACGACCCUGUCUGCAGACGACUGCCGCGCUGUACGGGCUUCUUCGUGCUGCUGCUGCUGCUAGUGUCGCUCUCCAGUAUCUCUGCUGCCUCUGAAACUCUCCACGACGAGACCACACAAUCGCCCACGCCCUCUCUAGUCGCGAGUAACAUAACCGCCGACGCAACGACCAACUCGGUGGCUGAAGAUGAGGAGAGUUCCAAGACGCUCUUGCACGAGAAACUGGCGGUACUGGAGGCUUGUGGCUGGCUGGUACUACUGCUGUACACGCCGCUGUCUCUGGCCGUCGCGUGGCGCACGUCACUGCACUUUCUGCACUCGAGUCGGAACGCCAAGAAGGCUUUUCAUGUGAUGCUCUUGGUGUCGACGCUGCUGCAGCUCCCAGAAGCGAUCGAGUGGAUCUGUUACCCAAUGGUGACGGAAUGGAAGGCCAUGUACGUCUGCCGCCUCUACCCGUUGCUGCUUCUGUCCUUUUGCAAAUCAUACCUGGCUAUCUGCUGGGCUGGCGUGGUGGCAGCAGGUCAGCUUAUGGCACAACGACGUACAUCCAAGCUGAUUGUCGUCUUCAACUCGCUGCUGCUACUGUGGGGUGUGGUGGUGUCCAUCUUGCUGUGUGGAUAUCGCGACGACGGCGACGGCCAGUACAGCUUUAUGGGGAGCAAGCUUCGAGUCAUCUUACUGUACUCGGGUGUGGUUGUCGUGCUGACGUAUGGGAUUCUGUUGGGCUAUCAGGGUUUUCGCUUACGCCGUCGUCUGCUGCAUGCGCGCGGUACCGUCCUCGCUUCCAGCGUAGAGAAGUCUCUUAACCAGCUUAUGCUCGCGAUCGUCAUCUUCAUCGUCUCGGACAUGGCUCGCUUGCUGGCACUAGUGCUCAACUUAUCCGGCGCUGCCAUGUCCAUGAUCGUGCACCUUGUCCUGUACAGUAUUCUCCCGAACGUCCUUCCGACCAUAUGCAUGCUGUAUCUCAUGAGGAGGGUCACGGGCAGAGGGAGCAGCCACGAGGGGGUCAGCCACGUCAAGGUACUUGGUGGCAAGUAUACGUUGUCAGAAAAGCACCUGCCGGAUUCUUGCUCGGACGAAAGUAGCAGACGAUGCACUGGCAGCGACGUAGCUUCGUAUGCUUACAACGAGAGCGCUGUUGCCGGAGCGGAGUGGGACUUCCAGAACCAGCCUCGCUAUCUUCGCCAGCAACAGGAUCCCAUUUACAGCACUAGAGAAGCCCGACAGGCCCCGGCGUUAUGCUGGGUCCACGAGUCCACGGAGCUGUGCUGA